AUGUCCUUGCCAUCACCCAUCACUCUAUCCAACUUCAUUGACAAUCAAUUCAUUCCUCCAAGUACUUUUAAAUACAUAUCUUCUCCAAACCCAGCUACAGGAACAAUCAACGCCUUGGUUCCUGAUUCUGCUGCUGCUGAUGUGGAUGCUGCUGUUGCUGCUGCAAAAAGUGCUUUUCCUACAUGGUCAACCACUACUAGAUCCGAACGCUCAGCUAUUCUAAGUCGUAUUGCCAACUUGCUUGAAUCAAGACUAGAAGAGUUUGCUCAACAAGAAUCUUAUGAUCAAGGCAAACCCAUUUCACUUGCAUUAUCAAUCGAUAUCCCAAGAGCUGUUCAUAAUUUCCGGUUUUUUGCUUCAUCUAUCCUGUAUCAGCAUGAAAUGACAACAAUGUUGGAUGGUGUUGCCUUGAAUUAUGUUCAUCGAAAUCCUGUUGGAGUCGCAGGACUGAUUUCUCCUUGGAAUCUGCCAUUGUAUUUACUGACAUGGAAGAUUGCGCCAUGCAUUGCAGCUGGAUGCACUUGUGUUUGUAAACCAAGCGAGAUCACCAGUGUUACUGCCUGGAUGUUGUGCUCAAUUUUACAAGAAGCUGGAUUGCCUGCUGGAGUUGUAAACAUGGUGUUUGGAACAGGUACAACUACAGGAGAGAUCAUUUACAAAACAGCUGCAUCUCUCAAUAAAAAAAUGUCACUUGAACUCGGUGGAAAGAAUGCCAACAUUGUGUUUGCUGAUGCUGAUUUCGAAACUGCCGUGUCCACUUCUGUCCGAUCUUCGUUUGCCAAUCAAGGCGAAAUCUGUCUUUGCGGAUCUCGGAUUUUUGUCCAUGAAGAUAUUUUUGAAAAGUUUGUAACCGAGUUGACUCGACGUGCCAAUGCACUUGUUGUUGGUGAUCCAAGUGAACCAACCACUCAAAUUGGGGCUUUGGUGUCUAAAGAGCAUAUGAACAAAGUCUUGUCCUAUAUUGAUAUUGCCAAGCACGAGGGUGGCAAGAUCGUUGCUGGUGGACAUCGCGAAACAGUUGUUGGAUUGACGGAUGGAUGUUUUGUACGACCUACAAUCAUUGUUGGAGUGCAUCCGACCGAGGCUCGUGUGCAACAAGAAGAGAUUUUUGGACCUGUGGUGACCAUUACACCCUUCAAGACAGAUCAGGAAGCCAUUACUUAUGCCAACAGUACAAAGUAUGGAUUGAGUGCAAGCGUGUGGACACAGGAUCUUAAACGUGCUCAUACUGUUGCGCAGAAACUUCAUGUGGGAACCGCUUGGAUCAAUUGCUGGAUGGUGCGUGAUCUAAACAUGCCAUUCGGAGGUAUGAAGAUGAGUGGAUUGGGUCGUGAAGGACGAGUUCAUUCCAUGGAGUUUUUCUGCGAAGAAACCACUGUUUGUGUUAAGCUUUAAGCAUUGAUUGGGAUAAUAAAACAUGUAUUUUGUAUCUCUUG